CAACAGAUCUCCGAAGUACGAUCAGCAUUGAAAGAUUUCACGGCUCUUGUCCUUCAAGAAAGCAAAGGACCUAGUUAUGUUCAAGCAUUUGGCGAUCGACUGAAUCACGUGAAACGAGGGUUGAAUCGGCUUGCUGCAGAAAGUGAAGGACUCAAA